UGCUAAACAUCUCCCUUUAAUAUUUGUCUUUAAGAAUUGUUCUCCUAGGGAAAAAAAAAACACAACUAGACAAAAGAUUUAUACAUUCCUUUUUAUCUCUUCUUAAAUAUAUUAAGUAAUCUCUAUUUAGAGAUCUAUAUACUCUUGCAUUCUCAUCUCAAAGAGAAGACAAGCAAAUAAAAAUGCCUUCUUCACUUCAACUUCAUAGAAUCAACCCAAACACCUCCACAUCCACCAGUAACUUCCACAAGCAACCACCACAAUUAUCAUCACAGCCAACAUGGGUUAAUCCAGUUUCCAUUUCUGUCCCAGACAACGUAUUACAUUACCACACACACGUUGUUGGUCCCAACCAGUGUUGUUCCGCCGUGGUACAAGCCAUAUCCGCCCCAAUCGACACCGUAUGGUCCCUCGUCCGCCAAUUCGACAACCCGCAAGCGUACAAACACUUCCUCAAGAGCUGCCAUGUCAUCGUCGGGGACGGUGACGUGGGUACGUUGCGGGAAGUCCGCGUUGUUUCAGGACUUCCCGCAGCGUCUAGUACUGAGAGGCUUGAAAUAUUGGAUGAGGAGAGACACGUGUUGAGCUUUAGUGUUGUUGGUGGCGUUCAUCGGUUGAAUAAUUAUCGGUCGGUUACCACGCUACACGUGGUGGAUGAUGACGAUGAAGCGACGGUGGUUGUUGAGUCGUACGAGGUUGAUGUUCCACAAGGGAAUACCAAGGAAGAAACGUGUGUAUUUGUGGAUACAAUUGUGCGGUGUAAUUUGCAGUCUUUGGCGCAGAUCGCAGAGAACUUGGCUAAAACUACAAAGAAUAAUGAAGACCCAGAAAUGAAAAUUCGUAGAUUGGUAGAUUUUGAAGACCGUAAGGUUGGUUCUUGGAGUUGUUUAAACGUGGUAGUAUGAUGUAUAAUUGUGUUCUGUGUAUUUUGUUUUUCUGAUUAGCGAGUAGCGACCACAUAGUUGUCACCAUCACAUAAAUUCUUCUCAGAGUAGAGUAUUUGUUUCUUUCUUUCUUCUUUCCCUUUAAUUGCUUAAUUUGCUUAAGAGUGUUUCAACUUAGAGGCCUCCUAAGUUCGUAGCUUUUGUACCAAGUAUUGAACCAUUGUGCUAUUUUUACACACUUUCAAGUGUUGGGAAUUCCCAAUCCUAAUAAAGCAAUUGAUCUAAGUUUUUAAUUUC